AUGUUUCGUAAUAUUUCCAAGCUUGCCUCGAAGGUUUCGCAGGAGUUACCGUUGCAAUCACGCAAAAUACAACCAGUAAAUUUUUACGAUGACACUGUCUUUAGGGAAAAAUCGCUUUGGGGAUUAAUAAGAGCCUUGUGUGUGCUGCGUGUCUGCCAAAUCCAGUACCUCUGCAAGAACUCUGUGGCCUUAAUGAAAAGGUCAGAAAAAAUUGUGGGCCCCUUUCUCACCUACGACACGAUCGUGCGGGCAACAGUGUACAGCCACUUUUGCGCCGGAACAGACGAACGUGAGCUGAAGAAGACUGUAAAGGCCCUUGAGAAGCAGGGCAUUGGCUCCGUCCUUGACUACGCUGCCGAGGCGGACGUGGAGGGGUUUGUCCCAGCACCUGGUGCGAAGGAGGCGCCAAACUUGUCCAUGGCUUCCCUCGUUGACAACACGUCGGUGAAGUAUGUGCCACACGGGCAGUUAUACGAUGAAAAUAUGAAGCUGUACAUCAUGUGCGUCAUGCACGCCUCGCUUAAUCAACCUGUGAAUGGGGUUGGCCUGGCGGCUGUGAAAGUGACGGGGAUGUGCGAUCCCCAGCUACUUGCCCGUGUCUCGGCAAUCCUUCACUCGGUGCACUACAGCUGGAUGAAGUUCUUCGCCCAUGAAAAACCUCCUCCUCUUGAGGAGUGCCAUGUUGUGAUGGGGACCAACAAGGAACAUCAGCUCCACAUCACGCGAGAGCAACUAAUUAAAGGAUUCACCGAGUAUGGUCCGGCACGCAAGUACACCGAACAAGAGGUGGAGGCUGUCAUCAAGGCACUUGAUGAUAAAAAUGAGGGUAAAGUGAACUAUUAUCGCUUCAAGAAGUUUGUCUCAGAGGCGGUUCUAGCCGUGGAACCCACAUCGGUCCAAAAGCUUAUCGUUGAUAAACUUCCAAAACUCACGGAGGAGGAGCGCGAGCUUUGGCGGGCCCUACACAAACGGUUAUCUGUUAUUGUGCGCACUGCUCGGGAUUUACGUGUGCGGGUUCUGUUUGAUGCUGAGCAGACCUUCUAUCAGCUUGCCAUUGACAGCAUUGUUGUGCAGUUUCAACGUGAGUUCAAUAAAAAGGAGCCGAUUGUAUAUAACACGUAUCAGUGCUACUUGACAUACACGGAAGAUCGUGUUUUCAAUGACUUGACACGGGCCAUGCUCGAGGGGUGGGUUUGGGGUGGAAAAGUUGUGCGUGGGGCGUACAUGGACCAAGAACGAGAAACUGCGACCAGGUACAACUACAAGAGCCCUGUGUGGCCGACGUAUGAGGAAACCUCUGCAUGCUACCAGGCGUGUGCAAAGCGCAUUUUGGAUGAAUUUGUGCGUCUGCCCAAUGUUCCCUUUGAGGUUCUGUUUGGCACACACAACAAGGCCUCUGUGCAUGAAAUAUCGGAGACUAUUAUGAAGCUCCCGUCUGUGAAGGGGGGGGCGGUGUUUGCGCAGCUGUACGGUAUGGCAGACCACUUAACGAUUCCCUUGAAAAAAGCAGGUUUUCGCGUCUUCAAGUAUGUUCCUUAUGGUCCUGUGAAGGAGACUGUUCAUUACUUGGGCCGGAGGGCCAGUGAAAAUUCCGCUGUAUUGGACAAAGGCGGGUCGGAGGAGGUUCAGUUAAUGAAAAAGGAGCUGCGACGUCGCUUGUUUUGGUUUAUGAAAGAGUGA